UCCAUCUCCUCCCCUUCCCUUCUCCCCUACUCUUCCCAUCUCCCCCUCCAGCUGUUUCCCCUAACUCUGGCUUCUCCAUCUCUCUUCCUCCUCCUCCCUCUCCUCCUCCUGAUUAUCCAAAACCCUGCACUUCCUAGGGCAGCUGCUAGGGAAAAUGGGACCCAGGCACUAUCGAGGGUGAAAGCAAAACCAAAUCCAGUAAAGGCGUGGGUCCGGCAGGCGCAGAGGAAGAAGAAGAAGCGAAGGAUCCAACCAGCAGCCAAAGAAUGAGCACGUUUCGAGUUCGGCCCGCCCAGGCCCGAGACUGCCCUGACAUCCUGCGUCUCAUUAAAGAGUUAGCUGCUCAUGGAAAUAAUACGGAUGCUGUAAAGAUAACCAUUAUAGACUUACUUAAAGAUGGCUUUGGGGACCAUCCUCUUUACUAUUGUCUCAUCGCAGAAGUACCAGAUGAUGCUCAGCUGACAGGAACUCUGACAGUAGGCUUUGCAAUGUACUAUUUUACCUACGAUCCUUGGAUUGGCAAGUUACUGUACCUGGAAGACUUCUAUGUUGUGGAACCUUUUCGAGGUUUAGGCAUUGGACCCGAAAUUUUGAGGAAACUAAGUCAGAUAGCAAUUACCAGUGGCUGCAGCUGCAUGAACUUUCUUGUAGUCAUAUGGAAUCAGACAUCUACGGAAUACUACAUCAAGCGGGGGGCCCGGGACUUAUCCACUCAGGAAGGUUGGCAUCUGUUCCGGUUUAACAAAAAGGAGCUUUUAAAAAUGGCAAAUGAAGACUGAAGGUGCCCCCCCGAAUUGCCAUUCUAAGGUUUUAAAUGCUCAUCCUAUCGAUUUCCUCAUACCACACGUCAUAUUCUCCAGCCUCUAGUUUCCUUCUUCACACAGACUAGUUGCUCUAACAGCUGAUGAAAGAAUAAAGUCUUGGUUAUUUGCAUCCAA